AGUAAAAUUGGUGAGCCAAAUUUCGAAUGGUGUGCAGUUUGAAAAAAUUCUUCGUUGAGGAUAGAUCGCUAUUUUUUAGGAGUAAAGCAAAUUCGAACGAGUUCAACGAAUAUUUCUUGUGCUUGAAAGACACAAAACAAAUCGAUCAAAAUGUUCAAGAGUCAUUUGGAAAUGAUUGGGCGCAAUGAGAGCCCCAGCAAGAAGGCCAAGUUCUGGCAAUCCUACAUCAGAUCCCUGAAGGGUUCCGAGGAUAUCCGUGCCCAUGAAGCACCAAAACCCUCUCGCCCAUACAGCUCGUACCUGGAUUCGCCCACAUACAGGAGCAUCUAUGAUGAGCCCUCCACCGCCAACGAGCGUGUGCAAUCUUCUGGCUACAGAUACUUGCCAGUGAGCCGUGACACCUACGGCUACUCGCCACGUGCCAUCUACGAUCAUCAUUACAGCAGAACAAUUCCAGCUAAUUACGAUGCAGAGAAGGCCUGGAAUGAUCAUUUGAAGCGCAUGCAAGAGAUUGAGCGCAGAUACCCAUCUCGCUAUGGUCUCUACUUGAAGGACAAGCCACUCACACCUAACUCCCUGGUGCCUUUGGAAUACGAGCCAGAGGACAAGCUGUUGGCUGAACUCAACAAGGCACGCCGCUCGGCCUCGCCGUUCCGCCCCGCCCGCACCACUCGCGCUGGCAGCGAGCCUUAUGUGCCACCACCAUCGUACUGGAAUCGCGAUAGCAGCGUGCCACGUGGACCAUCUGUGUUCGAUCGUGCCACCAGCCUGGCUCCAUUCACGCGACCAGUCUUCCGUGCCAGCUCGCUGGAACCUUUGGAUGAACUCUUUGAAAGUAAGUUGCCCACAAUCGCUGAGGCGGAGGGAGCCGGUGCAGCCGAUGCUGCCGCUCCUGCCAGGCCAAGCAUUUUUGAGCGCGCCGGCUCGCCUAGUCCCACUCCUGUUAAAGCCGGUCGCUGGGGACCUCGUCCCACUGAAGUCGCCUACGAUGCUGAGGGACUUCCAAUCUUCCAUCCACGCAACCGCUUCAGGGAUCUGUUGAGCCCCAGCCCCAACUUGCCCAUCUCGUCGAUUGUGCGCGAUCCCUUCUGGUGGGAUGUGGAUGAUCUGGUGCCCUUCCGUGCCACCUCGGUGCCCCGUGCCUCGAGCCCCGUGGCCCGUGAUUCGUAUUUGUCGCCGGUGAAGAAUCGUUAUCUGUGGUCCAAGCAUCCAGCCAGACCCUUGACACCUGAGGCAGAGGAUUAUUUCUAAAUCAAAAAAACAACUAAAAAAAAAGAAAAAAAUCUAAAAAAACAAACAAAUCAAAAUCGUUAGCUCUAAUAACAAGCGACGCUAUAUCAUAUAGCACUUCUGUAAUUUUUUUGUACCAUAAUUUACAUAAAUUACAUGUAACGAAACGCAAUACAAAUCAAAUUGCUCACCGCUCAAUUUUGUAAACGAACGAAAACGAAACUAAACAAGAUCAACAACUACAACAACGAAUGCAUCAAUGGGGUCCCCAAAACAACGACUAGCUUUGGUUUCUGUCACAACAACAACACCAAACGGAAAUCAGUGAAAGUAGCUAAUAUAAAUGUAGUCUCAAAAUCCUCUACAACGAUUGAAUUUUUUCAAAACUGUCAGCCCCAUAACAACCGGGGCUGUCUCCAACUAAAUAUUGCCAUCAAGUGCGUACUUCCCGUAGUAAAAAAGAAACAACAAGAACAACAUUAAUAAUAAUAAAAGAAGAUGAAGAAUGAAACAACCAAAGAACAACAUAAUCUACAACUCUCAAUAAAGUUUUUAUUUUCAAUUUUUUAGCUCAUGUCUUAGUAUUAAGUGCAAGUAUAUGAAAAAAAAGAAAUCGAUUUACAUUUAUUAUAAUAAAAAAUAACAAAUCACUUAUGCGACGCUCUAGAACAACCCGAGCGCCAUAAAUUGUUCCUUUUUUGUAUAUUUUAGACGCUAUAGUAAUAUAAUUACAUGUAUUGAAAACCAAACUCGAAUUUCAAAUAUUUAAACGUUUGAUCUUUUGAGCUCAAUUUGAAACUAAUGCUGUUAGGAUACACGAACCUUUCACUGCAUAUGCGAAUAUAAACUUAUAUCUGCCAUAAAUAAAUGCAGCAAAUGCGGCUAAGCAUAUUUUCAAUUUGUAAUAAAAACUAAAAAAAAAACUAUAAAAUUUUGGAAAAAAAAUAAAAACACUUCUAAAAACCUAA